GAAUCAUCUUUCUUGAAGCUCGAGGAUCGGCACAACAACUGAUAUCGAGCAUCGACGUGCACAUCAUUCCCGACCCAUCCAAUUUCUAAGGUAGCUUUGUUGUUUGGGACAAGCAUUCAUCGAACGACGUUACGAUGCAGUCACACGAUUCGUUCCUCGCUGCAAGAAAAGAAACCCUCCGUCCGCUUUCCGAAUCCAAAACCAUGGCUUGGUGCGAAACGUGCAGCUCUCCCAUCCCUCGAAGCCCCCCCCGCCGGCGGACGGCCCUGCGAAUCUCGGCAGCGGCGAUGGUGGCCGCUGCUGCGCUGGCCCUGGCAGCGAUGGGUUGCUGCCAGGCCUUCCGGCUCGCGGCCCCCGCGUCUGUUGGCACCCGCGGGCCGUUGGUGCACCCCACCGAUCCUGCGCCGCCAAGGCAUGCUCCCGACCCCAGCGCGCCCGCUUUCCACCGCCUGUCUCCGGUGCUCUCCGCCGGGGGCGACGCGGAACCACCCAGCGGAGCCGAGAGCAAGGACGAGGCGGACGAUCGCAUCGACGUCUCCGUCGACGAGCGGCUGUACCGGGUCCGCCUGUCUCGGGCGCCCGGCAUCGAGUGGGGAACGGACCUGAGUUUUUCCUUUGUCUACGUCCGCGACAUGGAGCCCACGGGCCAGGCGUCCCUGUCGGGGCUGGUGAGCAAGGGCGACCAGCUCUGCGAGCUGAUCCCCGUCGUGAACGACGAGGACGCCCCGAGGCCGGAGGCCAUCAGCCUGCUGGGGGCGUCCUUCGACUACGUCAUGACGUCCUUUGCGGGCCUGGAAAAGACGGUCUCGGAGAUCGACCUGGUCUUCUUCAGGGGCACCAAGGACGAGCUCAAGGCCCUGUGCAACGGGGAGGCGGCCGGGACCGACGGAGACGACACCAUCACGAUCACCGUUGUCCAGAACAAGGGAUCGCCCGAGGAAAAGCUGCUGAGGCUCCGGGCUCCCCGGGGGGCGAACGUCCGCCAGUUCCUGGUCGACAACGGGAUCAACGUCUACCAGAGCGUCACCCGGUGGACCAACUGCAAGGGCAAGCAGCUCUGCGGGACCUGCAUCGUCAACAUUGCGGACGGCCUUCCCAACACCAACUGGAAGUCCAUGGACGAGGCCAGCACGCUGCGGUCCAACCCCGACAGCUACCGGCUCUCCUGCGUGACCUUUGCCCACGGGGACGUCACCGUCGAGACCUACCCCCCCGUCAACGCCGACCAGUGGACCCGGUGAGGAACGGCGGGGCGCGCUCAGCGCACCAGAAACUCGGUCCGUUGCGGUGGGUUGCUUGCUUCCGGCGUGGCAACGCGCAACGCCACGGCGCCUGGCUCCCUCCGAGCGCACAAGACCCAGCGCCCGGGGGGGGGGAUGGGGUCGUCGCACCGGAGUCUGUAUCGUGCACCGCCCGGAACGAACGGCAAUCCGCACGGGGUGCACCAAGGUGCUUCGGCGCUGGCCUUGGUGCGCAGGCGAUGCGGGAUCCGACCAACCCACGAAACGACUCUGUUGUGGCCGCAAUCGCCGUGGUCCCUUUGCGAGGAUCCUCUUCCGUUUCUAGCCAAGAAUUAUAUUGCGCUGCGCACUAGGACUACACUGGGAGUUUUUCUCUGCCCCCGGAUUCCCGGUGAGUGGGAUUCGCUCGAUACACGUAUAUGCAAAGCCCUCGGUAGCAGAAUAGCGGCAAGCGAAAGUAAAUC